CACUGACGGCACCACUCUGAGUUCAAAUUGUAAUUUUCAAUAAAUUUUAUUUUGAUUCAACUUAACACAAAUCUCUGAUUAUAGAGAGGAGAGGCUGGCCAUGGAGAACACAACUAUGGACCAUGGACUGGAACACAAACCUAAUCUAAGCAUCAGUCUGGACCAGUGCCGCAGGGCCCUUCCGUAUGUGGACAUUUGCCCUAGAUGUUGUGCCCAAACCCACCUCAUUUUGGGGCUGAAGAAAACCGCACCAGUUUGCAUUGACUGCGCUGUAGACCCAACCUGGACCAAUCCACAAGAAAACUGGGGCGAAGGCGGAGUUGUCGUGUGCAAGGGUCAAGAAUUCCAUGGCAACAUUGGUGCAAGUCGGAUUAUCAUACAGCAUCCCACAUACACAGUGUUUGAACGAUUAAAUAGAGACAAAGACUUGGUAAUAUUGUACAAUUAUUCAGGCAAGGCAUACAUGCUUCCAAGGCGCAAUGGGAAAGUAAUAUCUCAAAUGCAGAAUGUUCCUUCAUAUACCCCAGUAGAGAAGCCUAACAAGCAAAAUGUGGGCCAGCUAAAUAGAAAAACGAAAACAAGCAACUCAGAUCAACUAGUGCAUUCAAGUCCACUACUUCUUGCGAUGUUACUGGAUGGCGAACAGGCAAACCAGCCACCAGGGGGCACAAUUGACAAGAUAUGCACAGCCCUACAGCAAGCAAAAAACAAUGAAAUAGAAAUAGACCAAUGUGUAACGCAAAAAUCAAGCAACAUUUCCAUAAGCAUGUGCAAAAAUGCGGUGGCUAACUCUAUGGAGCAAAAUGUAAACAAUAGCUUGCAAGCUAAUCAUAAACAAGGAACAUCAUCUAAUUUUGCAACUUCAUCAGCUCAGUUAAAUCCAGCAAAAAGACUAAACAAACAACUAAAACAAAAAAGCAAACAACUAAAACAACGAAAAGCCAAACAAACAGGGGUGGAUCAGCCUAACACCCCAAAGGAGGAGAGUUAUUACCUUGGAAAAAUUGGCAAUGCGAUGGUUGACUCUCUGAGGUUUAAUAAUAAAGCAAGCUUGAAUGAUAUCAGACUUCCUUAUGAGCGAAACUGGGUAUUUCAUGAGUAUUCUGGCCGUAAAUAUGAACCAAUGAGGACAGCCAAUCUUGCAAUCAUCGCAGCGCAAGACGAACCAAGCCACUAG